CACAGGGAGCCACUGGAGAGGGGCUAAAGAGCCACAUGUGGCUCCGGAGCCGCAGGUUGCUGACCCCUGGUAUAGCAGGAGAGUUUGGCCUUGCAAAAGUUCUCCCAAAACAGACUUCAAAACAUCCAACACUUGAAGGCAUCAUGAGAACUCUGGAGGCAGGAGGAGACACGCCCUCCUGCCUUCCUCUACACACAUCUCGUCUCCUAUUGGUCGGUUGUCCUCGCUGCUCGGAUCCUGAUUGGCUGUUGCCUCCGCACUGUGUCGGCACUGAAGCAUCUGCGGCUCGCGCUGUGCCAGCUGUCCUCGCGCACUCGGCCAGUGCUGGGCAACGCUUAGAAGCUCCAGCUGAGGAGGAGGAGAUCUGAGACUCUGGAAGAAAAACGGACUUUGACUGCAAACAUGGGGUCGAUGCGUAUCCUCAUCAAGGGAGGGAAGGUGGUCAACGAUGACUUCACCCACGAAGCUGAUGUCUACAUCGAGAACGGCAUCAUUCAGCAGGUUGGAAAAGAGCUGAUGAUACCAGGCGGGGCUAAGGUGAUUGACGCCUCUGGAAAGCUGGUGUUGCCGGGCGGAAUAGACACCAGCGUGCAUCUGCAGCAGACGUUCAUGAACGCCAGCAUUCAGGAUGAUUUCUACAGUGGGACCAAGGCGGCUCUGAUGGGUGGUACCACCAUGGUGAUGGCUCUGGCCCUGCCUGAACAACACUGCUCCCUGCUGGACGCCUACGAGAAUUGCCGAGCUCUGGCCGACGCCAAGGCGUGCUGCGACUACGCUCUGCAUGUCGGGGUGACUUGGUGGGGACCGAAGGUGCGUAGCGAGAUGGAGACCCUGGUGAGGGAGCACGGAGUGAACUCGUUCCAGAUGUUCAUGGCCUACAAAGAUAUGAUGAUGCUGAGGGACUCGGAGCUCUACCAGACGCUGCAGACCUGUAAGGACAUCGGGGCCAUCGCUCGCGUCCACGCUGAGAACGGAGAGCUGGUGGCAGAGGGUGCCAAAGAGGCUCUGGAUUUGGGCAUCAAUGGACCAGAGGGUAUUGAGAUCAGUCGACCAGAGGAGCUGGAGUCUGAGGCUACUCACAGAGCUGUCACCAUCGCCAACAGGGCUCACUGCCCGAUCUACCUGGUGAAUGUGUCCAGUAUGUCUGCUGGAGACAUGAUUGCUGCUGCUAAGAUGCAAGGUAAGGUGGUCCACGCAGAGACCACAGUAGCUCACGCCGUGCUGAACGGGAUGCAGUAUUACCACCAGGAAUGGGCUCACGCUGCCGCCCACGUCAUCGUCCCUCCUCUCCGUCUCGACCCCAACACACCCAGCUACCUCAUGGGCCUGCUGGCCAAUGACUCUCUGAGUGUGGUGGCAUCAGAGCACCGUCCAUUUGGCAUCAAGCAGAGAGCUUUGGGCAAGGACGACUUCACAAAGAUCCCUCAUGGAGUGGCUGGAGUCCAGGACAGGAUGAGUGUCAUUUGGGAGAGGGGAGUGGUUACAGGGAAAAUGGAUGAGAAUCGUUUUGUGGCAGUGACGAGCUCUAACGCUGCAAAGAUCUACAACCUGUACCCACGCAAGGGUCGCAUCAUCCCCGGGGCCGAUGCUGAUUUGGUGGUCUGGGACCCGGAUGCAACGAGGACUAUCUCUGUGAGCACUCAGGUGCAGGGUGGAGACUUCAACCUGUACGAGGGGAUGCGCUGCCACGGCGUUCCCCUGGUAACCAUCAGCCGAGGACGUCUGGUGUGCGAGAACGGCGUGUUCAUGUGUGCCGAGGGAUCCGGAAAGUUCUACCCUCAGCGCACCUUCCCUGACUACCUCUACAAGAAGAUGGUGCAGAGAGAAAAGACUCAGGCUUAUAAAGGAGUUGACAGGGAUGCCUACUCCGGUGAUGUGGCCAAGGUGGCAAACACUAUAAAGAAGGAGUUCGGUUUGGGCCCCAUAGACGGAGAGGCGACCGACAAAGGCGUUCCUCGCGGGCACCAGGGAGUCCGAGACCUCCAUGAGUCCUCCUUUAGCCUGUCAGGGUCUCAGGUCGAUGACCACAUCCCGAAGAGGUCCUCCGCCCGGAUCCUGGCCCCUCCUGGCGGCCGCUCCAGUGGCAUCUGCUGAAAGAAUAAAUGUGCCAAUGUGAAUCACCCGUGCGACACCCCCUCACCCAUGCAUGAAGAGCACCACGUGGAGACGGAGGAGAGGAAAAUCUCUCCACAGGCUCACAACAACUGGUGCUGUUUUUUUACUCUUACCUACAACAACGCUGUUUUAUUGUUGGAUGGUUUUGUUGUUUUGAAGGCACUGUGACUGGUCGAUGGCUGUGUGUGUUUGUAGAUUCUUGUCGUGUUGGACAGUGAACCUGUUGAAUCUGUACGUGGCUGCUUGUUUCUUACCACACGACUAACGGCAAAGGAAUAAAGUGAUGAAAAAUAACA